AUGCGGAGUCUGUCCGCACUGGAGCUUCCACUUGUUGUAGCGGGGCGGGGUUUCAGUGCUGGGAGUGUCUCUGGCUCUCUGUGGCUGGGAGUGCAGGCGCUGGCGGCUCUGCAGGUCGGCGGGUCCGCGGUGCCGUGGCGAGUGCAGACUCUGCGCCAAGCUGCAGGGGGCUCUGCGCCAAUCUGCAGGAGGCUCAGGCUAGCUGCGGGACGCUCUCACUGUGCCCGCAGGACGUUGGCCACCAUCCCACGAGCCGAGGCGGGGAGCGCAGGAAUGGCGAACACAGAAUCGGGCGAAAACUUCUUUGUGAAAUUUCUCUUGGAGGCAUGCAUCAUCAUUGUUGUUUUAAAGCAGUACUUGUAUAAAACACUUUUGAAUCUUGUCAAAGGAGUCAUCAUCAUCACUAUCGCUGGACUCGGCAUCACGGGUAACGUGUUUGCAUUAGUGAAUUAUACGUACAGCUUCUGGAAAGGCCCUGAGAAGAAUUCUAUACCUCUCGUUCUCUUCCAGUUCAGUUUUGCAAAUAUCAUAAUACUUGUUUUGAACGGAUUGCCCAAGGCAAUGGCAGCAUUUGGUUUAAGAACCUUUCUAAAUGACGUGGGCUGUAAGACCUGUAUUUACCUGUCCAGGGUAGCCUGGAGCUUCUCCAUCCUCACCAGCGGUCUCCUCAUGGUGGUGCAGGCCAUCACCAUCAGACCCGGAGGCUCCCGGUGGUGGAGGCUGAGGCCAAAGUCUCCACGGCCCAUCUUUUCCCUGUUGCUCUUCUUUUGGAUCCUCAGUUCCGGGGUCAGCAUGAACUUACUCUAUUCCAUUACAAGCAGCAUCCCAAACACAUCACAGGUUAGCAAGCAUAACUAUUGUUACUCUCAGCCAGAAAACCAGCAAAUGAGGUGGAUUCUUCUUAUUCUCAUGGUUCUACGUGAUGCAGUGUUUCAGGGUGUCAUGGGCGGGUCCAGUGGCUACAUGGUGUUUCUUUUGCACAAGCACCACCAGUGUGUCCUCUACCUUCUGAAAUCCAAGUGUCUCUACACAACUCCCCAAGAUAAAAGCUGCACAAAGUGUCCUCCUUCUGAUGCUCUGUUUUGCAUUUUUCUACUGGACAGAUUGUGCCUUUUCUCUAUUUUUAAAUUCCUUCAUAGAGAAUGA